GUACGGCAAGUGUCACAUGAUCAUGGAAUUCGCCUGAAUGUAUCCUAUGUACGGAAGUCGGUCGUCGUGCAGAGGUGGAACUGUUGACUAUUACUUUAUGGUAUUUUGUUAACGGUAUCAUUGAAAGUACAUUUGUCACUUUCUUGGUAGGUACGUUUCUGCUCGGGCGGAAAUGGUCGUCCAGGAAAACAUGGCAAACGUUGUCGUAUUUCAAAGCAGACUGUCCUCAGUCAUGGACAUGCUAGCCAAGAAUGCAAUCGUAGAAAUAAGUAAACUGUGGGACGAUGCCUUUGCUUUUGUGCAAAUUGAGAUACGCCAACGAGAAGAUGAAAUCGAAUCUCUGAAAAGCAAAGUGCUGACGAUGGAAAAGGAAAGGCUGGAAGUAAUUUCAAAGACGCCCGCAUCAGCUCCCCCUUCGGCUGCAUGUUUUUCCCCACCACAACAACCGGAUCAUCCUGGGAAACCCGAUGAUAACGGGCCCAUUUCUGUUCUGAUUCAAACUAAACAAUCACUGCCAAUUACCAGAGACACUGCGGACAUAUUAGAGAUCACCCCCCCUCCCACGCAGAGAGAGGAAAGACAGUCGGAGCUUCACGGCUCUUGGAGCUCCAAUGAAGCCGACGAUGAGUUGAGUGUUUUUGAACUAAAGGAAGAGUUCGUAGAUUCGCGUGUGGCUGAACUAAAGGAAGAGGCUGUGGAGGACGCUAUCCAAAUGGGGGAUCUGGAACAGGACAUGGAACACAAUUCGGACUACGGUUCCAAUCAGACGGCGACCGAGGCGGACUUUCAAGCGGCCGAUGGCGCUAUGGAAGACAAGGACAGACAGCGCUGGUCGUCCGUUUCCAUCGCAGACAGCAAUGACACAGACGACUCCGAUUGCAUCUUCAGACCGCAGCAGUUUUCGGAAAGUCUGGACAAGGAAAUGAAGUUCAUUCAAAAUGCCCUGGACAGUCUUGACAAUAACCAAUCAGAGACGGGAUACAUAGAUCGGAUGAAUGACACGGAGCCGGGACAGCCUAUGGACGUCCAGGUCAUGGGACUGGUGCCCACGGAUAAAAAUUGUCCGAGCAAUCAGUACGACCUGAUGCAAAUCAGGGCUUUGAAGAACUGUCGCGUGAGGGAGAAGUGGUUCAUAUGCCCGUUCUGUGGCAAGAGCUUCGACCGCAGCAGCCACCUCGAGAUGCACCAGCGUAUCCACACGGGGGAGAAACCGUACACGUGUACCGUGUGCGGGCGGUGCUUCUCCCAGCGGAGUAACCUCCGCACUCACCAACGGACUCACAAAGAAUACUUCCAUCAUUCGCUCAGCGCAGAAUUGAAUCCUCAGCUCUGAGUGAGGGAGCACAGGGCUACGCAUCAGACCUCAAGGAGGGACACCACCUCCUUUGGUGAGACGUCACCUUGUUCCCAGAGGAAGGACACGGGUUCUUGGGUGUGGAUGGUAGCGAGAAAGAGGGACUUUAUUAUCCUCUUACUUGUUAGGUGUUUCACCGGGGUUGGCUUACGGACAGUCGGACACACACAGCUCUCACACACUAAGAAAGAGAUCGGAAUUUUCCUGUAGUGAGGGGGGGGGCCGAAGCUGACUUACGGACAGUCGGACACACACAGCUCUCACACACUAAGAAAGAGAUCGGAAUUUUCCUGUAGUGAGGGGGGGGGCCGAAGCUGACCGGAUGCUAAUAAUAAGCAUCCAAUAAUAAUCCUCCUUCACGCCUCGACUAGGUGAAACACCUAGUCCUGAUUGGCUGAAAUUAUGUGACACUACAGAAGUUUGUUUAGUGUUUUGGUUUCAUUUGAUUGUUCUAUACUACAGUUGAAUCUGAAUCGAUGGCAGAUUAAUUGACGUUGACUGAACUGGGGAUCAAAAUGGGCCUGUUAUCAGACCCUGAAUCCCUGGCCGCUUAAAAAAUAAAGAUUAAGUAUUCAGGGUCUGUUGGUUGCUUGGCAUGAAUAAUAUAAUAUAAUUAUUGCAACAGAAUCUUAGGCAAAAGCUGGCAACAUUAAACAACCCUGGCGACACCAGUAUGAAAAGUUUGUAUUCUGCCUUUUGAUAUUUAAGUAUAGUGUGCAGUUUUUUAAACACUUAAAAAAAAAAAACAUGGGCUUUAUAAAUAUUCAGAGCGCAACAUGACUCGCGGAAUCUUUUUCUUCUUCAUAAUUGGUUACAGUGGAGACAACCCCACUAAGUCUCAGAAAACCACUUCAGGAAAUUCAGGACGAGUGUAAGGCAUAGUUCGAAAACCCAUGAAUUGGUGCCUAAUGACCAUUACCACAAUUAUUCAAUCAAUGUCCUGCUUGGAUUUGUUGAUUACAUUGUUUCAUUACUAAUUGCUCAACUCGGUCAAAAAUCAAGAAGUCACCAAAUGUCAAAUAUUUUCUAUUACGAAUAGAAUGUCAACAAUUGGUUUUCACAUUUUAUUGUCCUCACAGGACUAAAUCAUAUGUUCACGUUCUUUAUCUGCCAUUUUUAACUAAAAAAUAAACAUUUACAAAUAUUUUUUUGUCCUUACUAUACUUUAAGUAAACAUUUCAAUGCCAUCAGUGACAUCACACUUUCAAAUGCUUACCACAAUAUUUACAAAAGGUAUCUCGGAGGUCAGCUUCUGACCUAGUUUACUACGGUAGUGCAUCGGUAGAAACCAAACCGGGAUAGUCCGCUCCACGGCUUGUCUGACCUCUGAAGAAUAGACUGUACACGGCCGAAGAGUUCAGUGGGUAAUAAUCAGAAUGAUCCAUUGGUUGAACAGCUUCGUUAGAGUGAUCCUUUUUUCUCUCCAGUAACAGAGUGACGAUAUAGACCUCUGUUGCAUUCUUACUGACUCUUCAUCCUUGAUGGGACACGAGGCCUCUAGCAGACCCACUCAAAACACCCUCAUAAUGUGUGUUGAGUGGGUUUUUUAACCACAA